AUGGCCAUGGCAUCUCCUAAGAUCCGCAGAUCUUUAUCAGAAAUCCCAUCUCAGAUCCUUGCAACAAUCUCCUCCAUAACCUCUCUCCUCCAAAUCAUAAACCCACAACACCCAAAUCACCCUCUGAAUCCAAACCCUUCAAUUCUCAAUCACUUCUCCCCACAUUUAAACCCUCAUUUCGUUAUUCGCGUUAUACAGAACCAGCAAAACCCUUACCAUGCCCUCUUCUUCUUUAACUGGGCCUCAAACCCUAACCCCAAUCCCAACAAUUACUCGCACAACCAUUUCUCUUACAUUGCCAUCACCGACCUCCUUCUUUCUCGAAACUUAUUCUCUCUAGCAACUGAAUUACUCGAAUCCAGCAACAAGUUGUCGGAUUUCAUGGUGGGUAAGCUCAUAAAAGCUCACGGAGAUCUGGGGCAUAUUCGUUGGGCUCUGCAUCUAUUCCAUCGCGUCAAGACUAGAUCUUCAUGUCGUUGCUUGUUCUCUUACAACGCAAUUUUGGGAGUUUUGGUGAGAGCAGAUCAAGUUGAUUUGGCCGAGAAAUAUUUUGAUCAGAUGACUAGCGAAGGUACUGUCAAGCCAGAUGUUUCCACUUGCACUAUAAUGAUCAAAGCGUUUUGUAAAACGGGUAGGAUCGAGAAAGCACAGAAGCUGUUCGACGAAAUGCCUUCAACCCCAAAUCUUCAUACUUACAACACUAUGGUUAGCGGAAUGUGUAAAAAAGGUUUAAUAGAUACAGCACUAAAACUUGUUGAGAGAAUGAAAGAAACUCAAGAUUGCUUGCCAGAUAUAGUGACUUACACAACUUUAAUUGAUGGGUAUUGCAAAAUAAAAGAUCUAAAAGAGGCAAAGAAAUUAUUCGAUGAAAUGGUGACAAGAAAUCUUGACCCUAAUGAAUUAACAUAUAAUGCUUUGAUAAAUGGCUUCUGUGUGUGUGGAGACAUUGAUGCUGCAAAAAGAAUGAUGACAAAGAUGAGAUUAAACGGUUUAAAAGAUACAAUCACCACACAUACAAGUUUACUAAAGGGAUAUUGCAUAGCUGGGAAAUCAGAUGAAGCUUUUAAACAUUUCAAGAACUUAAUUACUCGUGGAAUUAAACCAGAUUCCAAAUGUUAUGAGGUUUUAGUGAAUGAGUUUUGUAAACUUGGUUGCCCAAAUGAUGCUAUUGGUCUUUUGAGAGAAAUGAAUGGGCAUGGAAUUCGUCCUCAUGCUUAUAGUUUUAAUAGAGUGCUUAAAGUUCUUGUGGAGUUAGGGCAUGUGGAUAGAGCUGUGUAUGUUCUUAGCCAAAUGGUGAAAAUGGGUUGUAGACCAAAUUUUUUAUCGUAUAGUGUUGUGAUUUGUGGUCUUGUUAGGGGUAAAGGGAGAAUGAAGGUGGUUGAAGGGGUUGUGAAGGAGAUGGUUGAAAAUGGUUUUGAUCUUGAUGGUAUGAUGUAUGGUUGUUUGAUGGAAGGAUAUAGGGAUGAUGGAAAUGAGGAAAUGGUGAAACGGGUGUGUCAAGAAAUGGUUGAUAAGGGUUUUGUGAUGAACAUGAAGGGUUUUUCUGUUGUUUGA